AUGUCGUCGGUAGACGAACUACGCUCUCUAGCCAGCGAUAUCACUGUCGGGUUUGAAGCACUUCUGAACAGACUUGGUCAAUUAAGGAAGGUCGAGGACGAUCUACGGCGACAACUAGAGAGGGCAGUUGAUAGGUUCAAUUCGGAUGACUCCAAUAAUCCGUCCGAUGGUGCCUUCUCAGCCUGGCAAGACGAGAUAGUCAAACAGAUAUCCUGUCCUCCUACCAACUGCGCUCAACCCAUCAAUCCCGAAUCACUGCCGGAAAUAGUAAAAGCAAAGGAAGCCGUCCAACUUCUUCGAUCAAAAAUGAAUGCAGUGGCUACACCUCGAAGAUGCCCUGUGCCACAUAAGCCUGUGGUCACUGAUGAAGUUUUGAGCUCAUCGACCCCACGGAAAUGUCCUGUCUCACACAAACAGGCACCUCCUGCUUAUGAAGAGAUGGAGAAGGAUUUCACAACACAAGGCAAGCCCAGCAGUCUUGAAUGUCCGUUCGCAAGCAUGACCAAGGCCGGUCUAUUGGAUGGCGAGGUCGAUCCGAUUGCUGCUGAAUUCCAUGCUGAGGUCUUGUCGGCGCGGUCUCUAGACGAGGCUAGAGGAUGCAAUAGAUGUCCAAUUCGUUUCCUGGACAAACAUUCGCCAGAAGAGAUUGCACAAUAUUUUGAAAAACACAAGCAUGAGUUGCCACGAAGCCAUGAAAUUUGCGUCAAAAGAUAUCAGCAGAACGAGUCACAAAUACGCGAGCUGGACGAGAGAUACGGAAAUAUUGUUAGCAUGAUUCAAGGACUGGGCAAUAAGCACAAGCAAUACUUGACUAGCGAUCAGCAGGAGACGAGUAUAGACGCGAAAUCAGCCGAAGCCGUUCAGCAAUGGGCAGAUGGUGUUGAUGGAGACGCGAAUUUGACCACUGCACCACUUGACCCGGAUCAGCGACUGUCGCACUUCAACAAACCGCUUCGGGACGUACGAGUGGGAGAAUCACCAACACGUCCUUGGGGUAUACAUGUCCCUAUGGACCAAUCCAAAGCUGCUAGUGCAGUAACCUCGAACGCGUCCAAACCACCAUCAGUGCAACCAUUGGACACUGCUUCGAGUCGCAGGCAAAUACCUGACCCAGUCGUCGCAGACGGCGCCGCUUCUGCACAAGCUACAAGUCAUAUUUCCACCACCCACAAUCAGCGAAGCAACCAGAUCAUCUUUAACGGACCUGUUUUCCUGGGUUAUUCGGCAGAACAGGCGGCUCUCUUUCUUCGACAGCUAGGCAAUGGACAACGGCUUUAG